CGCUUUGUCUCCGCAUCCAUGUGGGUUUUUCCCUCCGCGGUGUGUGUCGGUGUGUGUCCGUCCCCCUCACGGAUCAAUCCUCCCUGCACAACAAUAGAGCCCACAAACGCGCGCGCGCACGCUCACAAACACACGCACCGUGUGACGCGCACCGGGCACUAACGCGCACAUCGCUUUCGAGGAGCGGCGGUGAAAUGUUUGUCCAACUGCGGCUCUCCGACUCCUUUCUUUCCGGCUUCACAUCGUUGAGGAGCGCAGCGGAGACGGAGCGAUGCGCUCAGGCGGCGAGGACGCGCCGGAGUUGAAAUAAGGGAAGCAGAGGGGAGAAAGAAGGAGAGAGGAGAGGAGAAAGGAGGAGAGGAGGGGGUUUAUUAGGAGGAUGACUGACUGGUGACAAAGAGAAAACGGGGAGCCCCUCUGGCUUCGCUCGUCUCCGGAUACAACUUGAAUUGUGGGGACCGGCUCGCGCUCACCUGGACAGCCAAAGAUUUUUUAUCAUCUGAUCAGCGGAGGGAACCAUGCCUGUCCGGAGGGGUCAUGUGGCGCCACAAAACACCUUUCUGGGAGUAAUUAUACGCAAAUUCGAAGGACAAAAUAAGAAGUUCGUCAUAGCCAACGCCCGGGUCCAGAACUGUGCGAUCAUCUACUGUAAUGACGGUUUCUGUGAGAUGACGGGCUUCUCCCGGCCGGACGUCAUGCAGAAGCCGUGCACCUGUGACUUCCUGCACGGACAGUUCACCACGCGCCACUCGGUGGCCCAGGUGGCCCAGGCGCUGCUGGGGUCCGAGGAGCGCAGGGUGGAGAUCACCUACCACCGCAAAGAUGGUUCUAACUUCCUGUGCGCCACACACAUCAUCCCGGUGAAGAACGAGGAGGGCGUGGUCAUGAUGUUCAUCCUCAACUUCGACUACGUCCUGGACGAAGGCAGCAGCGACUCUCUGGAGAGGCUCAACCACACCUCGCCCGCCAAAACCGACCAACGAAAGGGGCGUUUCUUCCGGUUCCGGUUCCCGGCGCUGCCCCUGCUGGGCCUCAGUAAGCAGUCUCUGCCUCAGGAGGACCCGGACGCCGUAAUGGUGGACUCUCCUCGCCACAGCGACGGCUCGGUGGCCACCAGAGACUACCAGCUGCCCACCACCCGCGAGAGCUGCAGCCCGUCCUACGCCAACGACACGCGGGCCCUCAUCGGCCCCAGCCACUGCUCCACGCCCGUCUCCGGGCCCCUGGACCACUCGUCCCCCAAGGGCCCCUGGGAGCGGACGGAGCAGCGCGGCAGAGAGGACGAGCUGACGGCGGCGGCGUCCAUCCCCGGCCUCACGCCCACCGCCUCCAGAGAGAGCGUGUGCAGCAUCCGCAGGGCGUCCUCCGUCCACGACAUGGAGGGCUUCGGGUCCAACUCCAAGAUGGCCUUCAGGGACCGCCACGCCAGCGAAGACAACGGUCGUAAUAUCAAAGGGCCUCUGAGCCAGAUCAAGUCCAGCCUGCUGGGCUCCACCUCCGACUCCAACCUCAACAAGUACAGCACCAUCAACAAGAUCCCGCUCAUCACGCUCAACUUCUCCGAGGCCAACAACGACAAGAAGUGCCCCUCGCCGCCGUCCUCCGAGAAGACCAUCAUCGCCCCCAAAGUCAAAGACCGCACGCACAACGUCACCGACAAAGUCACGCAGGUCCUGUCCCUGGGCGCAGACGUCCUGCCUGAGUACAAGCUGCAGACGCCUCGUAUGGACAAGUGGACGAUCCUCCACUACAGCCCGUUCAAGGCGGUGUGGGACUGGCUGAUCCUGCUGCUGGUCAUCUACACCGCCAUCUUCACGCCGUACUCCGCCGCCUUCCUGCUCAACGACCUGGAGGAGCAGCGGCGCCGCGAGUGCGGCUACUCGUGCUCGCCGCUCAACGUGGUGGACCUGAUCGUGGACAUCAUGUUCAUCGUGGACAUCCUCAUCAACUUCAGGACGACGUACGUCAACGCCAACGAGGAGGUGGUGAGUCACCCCGCCAAGAUCGCCAUCCACUACUUCAAAGGAUGGUUCCUCAUCGACAUGGUGGCCGCCAUCCCCUUCGACCUGCUCAUCUUCGGAUCCGGCUCCGACGAGACCACGACCCUGAUCGGGCUGCUGAAGACGGCCCGCCUGCUGCGACUGGUCCGAGUGGCUCGUAAACUGGACCGCUACUCGGAGUACGGCGCCGCCGUCCUCAUGCUGCUCAUGUGCAUCUUCGCUCUGAUCGCCCACUGGCUGGCCUGCAUCUGGUACGCCAUCGGCAACGUGGAGAAGCCGUACCUGGAGCACAAGAUCGGCUGGCUCGACAACCUCGGCGUCUCCAUAGGGAAGAAGUACAACUACAGUGACCCGAGCUCCGGUCCCUCCAUCAAAGAUAAAUACGUGACGGCGCUCUACUUCACCUUCAGCAGUCUGACCAGCGUCGGCUUCGGCAACGUUUCCCCGAACACCAACUCAGAGAAGAUCUUCUCCAUCUGCGUCAUGCUCAUCGGAUCUCUGAUGUACGCCAGCAUCUUCGGCAACGUGUCGGCCAUCAUCCAGCGGCUCUACUCCGGCACGGCGCGCUACCACCUGCAGAUGCUUCGAGUCAAAGAGUUCAUCCGUUUCCACCAGAUCCCCAAUCCGCUCCGCCAGCGCCUGGAGGAGUACUUCCAGCACGCCUGGACCUACACCAACGGCAUCGACAUGAACAUGGAGGUCCUGAAGGGUUUCCCCGAGUGCCUGCAGGCGGAUAUCUGCCUCCACCUCAACAAGAACCUGCUGCAGGGCUGCAAGGCCUUCCAGGGGGCCACCAAGGGCUGCCUGAGGGCCCUCGCCAUGAGGUUCAAGACCACGCACGCCCCGCCCGGAGACACGCUGGUGCACGGCGGCGACGUGCUCACCGCGCUCUACUUCGUGUCCCGCGGCUCCAUCGAGAUCCUCAAAGACGACGUGGUGGUCGCCAUCCUGGGUAAGAACGACAUCUUCGGCGAGAUGAUCCACCUGUUCACCAAGCCGGGGAAGUCGUGUGCGGACGUCCGGGCGCUGAGCUACUGCGACCUGCACACCAUCCAGAGGGAGGAGAUCCUGGAGGUGCUCGACAUGUACCCCGAGUUCGCCGACCACUUCCUGACCAACCUGGAGCUGACCUUUGACCUGCGGGAUGAGAAAGUAGUCAAGACGAGUCCUCCAGCUGCUGACUCUAACGGGGACGACUUGGCGAGUCGGAGACGAGUCUCCUACAGAAGGAAAAGCUCCACAGGCUCCCACAACAAGGAGCCAGCCGCCUCCUACUGCGACAGCAAGCCGGCACGCCACAUCUACGCCUCCUCCUCCAACGCCGCCGCCACGGAGGACAGGAGGGAGUCAGCCGAGGAGGGGGAGGACGAGGAGGAGGACGAGGAGGAAGAGGAGGAGGAGGGCAGGGAGGAGGAGGAGGAGCAGAGGCCCUUGUGUUCUGGUGUGCAGGGCUACCCGGUGGUUAGGGACCACGCCGUGGGCCUCAGCAGCGCCGCAGACACACAAGCUGCAGACAACACAGCGCCGUACAAAGAGCUCCAUCCAGACGAGUGGGUGCGUCAGCGUCCCGACAACGGCGUGGACGAGUCGGCGGCGUGUCAGGACACACCGGGUGGCGUCGCCGAGGACGACAGCGACACGGACCUCACCUACGGAGAGGUGGAGCAACGACUCGACCUGCUGCAGCAACACCUCAACAGACUGGAGUCCCAGAUGACGUCAGACAUCCAGGCGAUCCUGCAGCUGCUGCAGAGACAGACGGCGUCCGGUCCGCCCGCCUACAGCACCGUCACCUCCAGCCCGGAGUACCAGAGGCCCGUCACCUCCAGCCCGGAGUACCAGAGGCCCGUCACCUCCAGCCCGGAGUACCAGAGGCCCGUCACCUCCAGCCCGGAGUACCAGAGGCCCGUCACCUCCAGCCCGGAGUACCAGAGGCCCGUCACCAUCAGGAUCCAGCCGCUGUCGGCCCUGCAGACGGAGCUCAGCCUCUCCCCGGCUCCUCCUCCUCCCACUCAGAGCCCAGAAAAGGCCCAGAACCAACCCAAAGAAGCCUCCGCGGUCCUCCUCGGCACAGAGACUCUUCCAGACGGGAACUUAUCUGGACUGCUAGAGCGGGACAGGGACUGUGUGGAGCAGAGACUCAGUGAGGACUCUGUAGAGCAUCAACAGCAGCAGCAGCAGCAGCAGCCUCCACGGUUCCCGUCGGGCCGCCAGGCGUCCCUGCCGGACGUCCCCAGCAGCAGCAGCUCAGGGAUGUUGGGCCUCCACAGGCCGCUGUCUGACCCGGGACAGCUGCCGGGACCGUAGGAGCUGCGGGGACCGUAGGAGCUGCUCCUCUCUCCAGCUCGACUCAGGGUCUAAGAAAGAGACUGCACAUAUAUGCAAAGGAAAAAACAAACUGUAGACUUUCUUCCAUUCCUUCUGGGAAGCCCCGCCCCCUUCCUCCCAACUCUGAUUUAGAUGUAUAAAGUCAUUUAUACAGAGGUAUUUAUACACUAUAUUAUUACAUAUGUAAAGUCACAUUACC